AGGUGGCGGCGGCCAUUUUGAGUUGCUGCCGCCAUUGGAGUGAGCCCCCCCUCUCCCCCUCGUCUCCUGACAGUAAAGGUUUAAGGGGGACAGAACCCUGGGAGGCCGGGCCGGGCUCGGGGGCCACCCCGGGGGCCCGGGCCAUGGAUGUGCGCCGUCUGAAGGUGAACGAACUUCGGGAGGAGUUGCAGCGCCGCGGCCUGGACACUCGGGGCCUCAAGGCCGAGCUUGCGGAGCGGCUGCAGGCGGCGCUGGAGGCCGAGGAGCCCGAAGACGAGCCGGAGCUCGAGGCCGAGGAGGAACCGGAGAUACCUGGGCACAAUAACGAGGAGGUCGAGACCGAGGGGGGCUCCCAGCUGGAAGGGACCUCGCAGCCACCGCCGCCGGGGCUGCAGCCGCAUCCGGAACCUGGCGGCUACUCGGGGCCGGACGGACAUUGUGAGAGUGCGUGGGGCGGGGGGCCGGGGAGUCUCGUGUCCGGGCCGAGGAAGGGCUGUGGGAUCUCGCUACCCGCCGCCGAGAAGGAUCUGGGGACCGGGGCCUCGGGACAACCGAAGGAUGUCAUGGACAAUAUUACCAGGCAGAACCAAUUCUAUGAGACUCAGGCCAUCAAACAGGAGAACGAGUCAAGCUAUGAGAGAAGACCAUUGGAAAUGGAGCAGCAGCAGGCCUAUCGCCCAGUGGAAGGGAAGACAGAGAUGAAGCAAGAACCACCCACCAGCUUCCUCCCGCCUGAAGCAUCUCAAUUCAAGCCAGACAGACAGCAAUUCCAGAGUCGCAAGAGGCCUUAUGAAGAAAACCGGGGAAGGGGGUACUUUGAGCACCGAGAGGAUAGGAGGGGCCGGUCUCCUCAGCCUCCUGCUGAAGAGGAUGAAGAUGAUUUUGAUGACACCCUUGUUGCCAUCGACACAUAUAACUGUGACCUCCACUUCAAGGUGGCCCGAGACCGGAGUAGUGGCUACCCACUUACAAUUGAGGGUUUUGCAUACCUGUGGUCAGGAGCCCGUGCCAGCUAUGGGGUCAGAAGGGGCCGUGUGUGCUUUGAGAUGAAGAUCAAUGAGGAAAUCUCCGUGAAGCACCUUCCAUCCACAGAGCCUGACCCACAUGUUGUCCGUAUCGGCUGGUCCCUUGACUCCUGCAGCACCCAGCUAGGCGAAGAGCCUUUCUCCUAUGGCUAUGGAGGCACUGGGAAGAAGUCCACCAAUAGCCGAUUUGAAAACUACGGAGACAAGUUUGCAGAGAAUGAUGUGAUUGGCUGCUUUGCGGACUUUGAAUGUGGAAAUGACGUGGAACUCUCCUUCACCAAGAAUGGGAAGUGGAUGGGCAUUGCUUUCCGAAUUCAGAAAGAAGCUUUGGGGGGCCAGGCCCUCUAUCCUCAUGUCCUGGUGAAGAAUUGUGCUGUGGAGUUCAACUUCGGGCAGAGGGCAGAGCCCUACUGUUCUGUCCUUCCUGGCUUUACAUUCAUCCAGCACCUUCCCCUGAGUGAACGGAUCCGGGGCACUGUCGGACCAAAGACCAAGUCAGAGUGUGAGAUUCUGAUGAUGGUGGGCCUUCCCGCUGCUGGUAAGACCACAUGGGCCAUCAAACAUGCAGCCUCCAACCCCUCCAAGAAGUACAACAUACUGGGUACCAAUGCCAUCAUGGAUAAGAUGCGGGUGAUGGGCCUACGUCGGCAGCGGAACUAUGCCGGCCGCUGGGACGUCUUGAUCCAGCAGGCCACCCAGUGCCUCAACCGCCUCAUCCAGAUUGCUGCCCGCAAGAAACGCAACUAUAUCCUAGACCAGACAAAUGUUUAUGGGUCAGCUCAGAGACGAAAAAUGAGACCAUUUGAAGGCUUCCAGCGCAAAGCUAUUGUCAUUUGUCCCACUGAUGAGGACUUAAAAGACCGAACAAUAAAACGAACCGACGAAGAAGGGAAGGAUGUCCCAGAUCAUGCUGUCUUGGAAAUGAAAGCCAACUUCACGUUGCCAGAUGUUGGGGACUUCCUGGAUGAGGUACUGUUCAUUGAGCUGCAGCGAGAAGAAGCAGACAAGUUGGUGAGACAAUACAACGAGGAAGGCCGUAAAGCCGGGCCACCCCCUGAAAAGCGCUUUGACAACCGAGGCGGUGGUGGCUUCCGGGGCCGUGGGGGUGGUGGCACUUUCCAGCGCUAUGACAACCGAGGCCCCCCUGGGGGCAACCGAGGAGGCUUCCAGAACCGAGGAGGAGGCAGUGGUGGAGGAGGCAACUACCGAGGAGGUUUCAACCGCAGUGGAGGUGGUAGCUACAACCAGAACCGCUGGGGUAACAAUAGCCGGGAUAACAACAACUCCAAUAACCGAGGCAGCUACAAUCGAGCUCCCCAACAGCAACCACCCCCUCAGCAGCCACCACCACCACAGCCACCACCACAGCAGCCCCCGCCACCACCCAGCUACAGCCCAGCUCGGAAUCCACCAGGGAUCGGCAGCUAUAGCAAGAACAGCAACAUCCCUGGCUCGAGCGUCAGUACCAGCACCCCCACUGUCAGCAGCUACAGCCCUCCACAGCCGAGUUACAACCAGCCACCCUACAACCAGGGAGGUUACAGCCAGGGCUAUACAGCCCCACCACCUCCACCUCCACCACCACCUGCCUACAACUAUGGGAGCUACGGCGGCUACACCCCAGCCCCUUACACCCCACCACCACCCCCUACUGCACAGACCUACCCUCAGCCCAGCUAUAACCAGUAUCAGCAGUAUGCUCAGCAGUGGAACCAGUACUAUCAGAACCAGGGCCAGUGGCCGCCAUACUACGGGAACUACGACUACGGGAGCUACACCGGGAACACACAGGGGGGCACAAGCACUCAGUAGCCAGUGUACCCCGGAGGCCCCUACCGGCUUCCUCCACCAGCGCCCACCAUGGCCCCUCAUCUGCCCCCGCCGGGUCCUGUGGUGCUGGGGACAGGUCAUCCCAGGGCUGCCUCCCUCCAGCCCACUGCCUCCCCUCUGAGGGGCUUCUUCAACCACAGGGCUGGGCCUUUUUCUCUGGAUUCAAACAGGCAACAAUGAACUCUUAUUUUCUCUUUCUCUCCCUGCCUUCUUCCUCUCCCUCUUUCCGUCCUUCUUGACUAAAUACCCCCCCCUCCUUGGUCAUGCAGUGAUGCUAGAAUGACUGAGCGCAGGACCCCUUUCUGUCCAUUCUUCCCAGCCCUGCUCCAGACCCUCAGCUUCCCAGACCCUCAUGCAGUUGGUUGUAAAUUCUUCAGGAGCUGUUUUAACUGUCUACUUUUCAGGAUUUAAAAAAAAAAUCAAAAAAUUAAAAAAAAAAAAGUUUAAAAACAAAAUAUGGAGGGAGGAAGCAGUGACAGAUAUUUUUUUGGUAAUUAUGCUUUUUUUUAAUUUUUAGAAUUUGUCUGUUUUUACUGUGGGUUGGCUGUUGAUACUUCAUCAGGAUAACCAUUUCUUUGCUGAGUUCAGGCAACCAAUGAAGAACCACACCUUCAAAACAAAACCACAAAAUCAUCUUUAACCUAACUUUUUAUACAAUGUCUCAGUUUCCCGUAACUUUGCACAUGAGCUUCUGUGUUGAGUUGAAUUGUAACUGCUUUUUGUAUUUGGAGAGAGUGUGACUAUUGAACUUGAAACCUUUUA